CUUGGAAGGCAGAGCCACGUCCCUGUGACAGGAGGCUAAGGCAGUGCAGUGUCACAUCCCUGGGAAAGCAAUGUCAUGUCCCUGCAAAGGAACUGUCACAUCCCAAGGCAGGCCGAGCUGACCACCCUGGGGCCUGGAAACACUUCCAGCUCUGUCCUUGCCAAGCUCUCCUGGCUCUCUCCCUGCCUGCUCUGGACUGUGCACAAUACCCUGCUCCAGCAGCACUAAUUUUCUGGGAGAAGCUGUUCCCUGUCGCUAAUGACUGUUCCCGAACUGCUAAUGACUGUUCCCUGAUGAUAAUGGCUGUUGCCAGCCCAGCUGGGCACGGGGCUGUGAUUCCUUUGGACAAGGACACACGGAGCCCAAGUGGGGAACGGGGACAGGACAGUGUCUGUGCUCACCUGGGCAGGGUGACAUAUCACCCUGAGAGAAACUUGCUGAUCUCAGGACACAGCAGGGUCUCCUGGAUCUCAGAGGGGUGUAAAUCAACACUGAGACUGGUGAUUCCCAGUGGGUCCAGCCUUGUGUCCAUCCCUGUCCAAAAAAAACCCUCACAGGAAUACUAGUGACUUGGUAUUUUAGAUCCACGUAAAGAAUUGCUGAGGGAUGUGUCUGCUCUCAGCCAAGCUUUCUCCUAGUGAAGCCCAAGCCCAAUCCUGCCCAGAGAAGAGCUUUCUGAGGAAUUUUUGGGUGAUUUUCUCCCCCCGAGCCAAAGUCACCGUCAGUUCUCUCAGUGCUGUGCUUCCCCCUGUGCCAAGCAGGAUCCAAAGCUCCAGGCCCUUCUGUGUGAGCGCAGCUGCCAGAGCCAUUUUGGGCAGGUGGGGAGGUGACAAGGGGAAGGAGAAGCUCACCUUGAAGGACGUGGCCGAGCUGCUCCGGAAGGAGGAAUGUCGGAGCGUGGUGGUGAUGGCCGGCGCCGGGAUCAGCACGCCCAGCGGCAUCCCUGACUUCAGGUCCCCCGGGAGCGGCCUGUACAGCAACCUGGAGCAGUACAACAUCCCCUACCCCGAGGCCAUCUUUGAGCUGGGGUAUUUCUUCGUCAACCCCAAGCCCUUCUUCACCCUGGCCAAGGAGCUCUAUCCUGGAAACUACCGCCCCAAUUCCGCCCACUAUUUCCUCCGGCUGCUGCACGACAAGGGGCUGCUCCUGCGCCUCUACACCCAGAACAUCGACGGGCUGGAGAGAGUGGCUGGGAUCCCUCCUGACAGGCUGGUGGAAGCCCAUGGCACCUUUGCCACUGCCACCUGUACAGUGUGUCAGAGGAACUUCCCCGGAGAGGACUUCAGGGGAGAUGUCAUGGGGGACAGGAUCCCUCGCUGUCCUGUCUGCACCGGAGUUGUCAAGCCUGACAUCGUGUUCUUCGGCGAGCAGCUCCCACCGCGCUUCCUCCUGCACCUCACAGACUUCCCCAUGGCAGACCUGCUCUUCGUCAUCGGGACAUCCCUGGAGGUGGAGCCCUUUGCCAGCCUGGCCGACGCCGUGCGCAGCUCCGUGCCGCGGGUGCUCAUCAACCGGGAGCUGGUAGGGCCCUUUGCGUGGCAGCAGCGCCACAACGACGUGGCUGAGCUCGGGGACGUGGUCGGCGGCGUCGAAAGGCUGGUGGAGCUGCUGGGCUGGAAGGAGGAGAUGCAAACGCUGAUCCAGAAGGAGAAAGAGAAGCUGGAUGCCAAGGACAAGUAGGAGGGUGCUCCUGUCACCUCUCAGCACACCACUUGAGGAUCUCCAGCCAUGAGUGUCACCAGCAAGUGUCCGAGGGCUUGGGGGCUCGUGCCAGCACAUCCAACGAGCUCUGUGGCAGCAGUUGGCUGUUUGGAUCUCCCUCCUUCCCAGCCAUCCAUGCCAGAGCCCCUUAGAGGCACUGGUUCCAUGGGGCAGGAGCUGGAAUGCCAUGAAGGUCAGGCCAGGACAGCCUGGAGAGUGUUUUCCAGCUCCCACUGGGCUGAGCCUCCAGUUCCUGUCACAGCUCCUCCCCAGCCAGUGUUCCCUUGGCUGUGAUCCUCAGCUGCUGCAGGCUGUGUUUAGUCUUCCAUAAAAUCUCUGCUAAUCAGGGGACAAGCCAGGGGUGGGGGGACUGCCCCCCCAUUCCCAUUCCAGCUCAAGCUGCUGGGGAAUUUUGAAUCACUGGAGUGUUAAUUAUUUAAUAAUAAAGAAACAAUUCAUUUCUGGA